GGUAUUUCGGUAUUCGGUAUUUCGAUUUUCGAUUCGGUUUUCGGUAAUAAAAUUUAAAAAGUUCGGUAUUCGGUAUUCGGUAAUUAUAAGUUUGGUAAUUCGGUAUUUCCCGAAUACCGAAAUUCUAUGGAUUCGUUUGUACCGGUACUUGUAGGACUGCUCAAUAACGAGAACAAUCCUGAUAUUAUGCUUCUUGCUGCCCGGGCUCUUACGCACUUGGUUGAUGUUUUGCCCUCUUCGUGUGCUGCUGUUGUCCAUUAUGGAGCUGUUUCAUGCUUUGUAACGCGGUUGCUUACAAUUGAAUACAUGGACUUGGCUGAACAGUCUUUGCAAGCUCUAAAGAAGAUAUCUCAGGAACACCCAAUUGCUUGUUUGAGGGCCGGUGCACAGUGA